AUGCCUUCGGUUGGUAUGAGAAGGAGCACAAGGGUGUUUGGGGCUCAAGUUUUGCGGUCGGGAAGGAGGCUAUGGACCAAGCCUCAAGGAAGCAGCAAGAAGAAAGUCGGUAUAGAUCAUGUGGAAAAUCAGUGGGCCGAACUUCGAAAAGAGUCCACUGAUACAAGAGAAAUUGCUGAUGAUUCUUGCAAGGAAACAAAGCAGGAAAGCCCAAACAAUGGUUUGGCAGAUGUUGAAAUGCGGGAACUUACCCCAGAAUGUAGUGAUGUGGACAUGAAAAAUGCGGACAGAAUGUAUGGGAUUGUGUACAGAAGAAAGAGAAAACGGGCUGAGUUGGGAAAAGUUGUUCUUACGGAGGAUAGAAGAUGUGGGAAGAAGUUUUUCAGGAAGCAAUGGAGGAAAAGAAGUAAAGUCGCUUUGUCUGAAUCUUGUGUGGUUGACCGGGGUUCAGUGAUCAGGGUUUGUGAACUUGCUGUUGUUGUAAAUGGCUCGUCUUGUCGAUUUGGUCAUUUGAUUACUUGCUUGCUUAAUACGGUACUGAGUUACAUGUCUAGGGUCAGGAUUGGGAUUAGACGGUUGUCUGCAUUUCUUUUGUCCAAACCGAUAUGCGAUGCUUAUUCGUCAGGUGGAGUGCUUUUCCUCCAGGAUUCUUCCAAGGCCAAUAAUCUUGUUAUUCGCAUAAUAUCAGGAUCCAUGUCAUUAAUACCAACUUUUUCUGUUAAUCUUUUCACCAUCCCAACGUUCUAUACGCAUAUGCAAACAAGCAUGUUCAUUAGAUCAGCACACUUGGCUUGCUUUCUCGUGGCACCUUCGGUCAAAGUUACAGACAUGGCUGAUUGUUUCGAAACACAAUCCGUAACACAUUUAGUCGAUACAUUUGAGAAGGAUGAGAAAGUUACAGACACUCGCUCUUUCGAUGUCACAUCUUGUAUGGAACAGCAAGAUUCUGUUGAACUAUUACCUCAAGUUUCAUCCGGAAGAAUAAGAAAAGAGUUGCCACAAACUACUGCUGCUAUUGGAAUAAAUAAAUCAGCUCUUCGAACUUCGAAAUCGAGAAAUAGUCAUCACAUUCAGAAAAGACGAAGUUCCUUGAGACGCAAGAAAGGUCGAACUCAUUCUGGCUUUCGAAUCCAAAAAUCAUUUGGAACUUUAGCUACCGAAAUUUUCAGGAUCAAACAAGAAAGUGCCAAACUUUCUCCGGCCAAGAGCAGCAGUCCCAUGUCGAAAAAAAUCAGUGAGCUAAAAUGUACAGUCACACAGGACGUGUUCGUGACAGGCUGUCGUGUGAACCUGUUAAUAACAGAACCUGACAGGUGCUACCGGGAAGAAGGAGCCACAGUCAUGUUAGAAUUGUCCGCAUCUAAACAAUGGUUCCUUGCCGUUAAAAAGGAUGGAAAGAAAAAGUACAGCCUAACUGUUGAGAAAGUCAUGCGAGCUUCUUGUACAAACCGUUUUUCUAACGCGACUAUCUGGGCAGUUAAUGGCGGUUUGAAGCUUGAGUUUCCAAACAAAUACGAUUGGCUGAGUUUUAAGGAGCUUUACAAAGAAUGCUAUGAAAGGAACUUGCUUUCGCCUGCGGCCAGUGUAAUUCCUGUACCGGGAGUUCAGGAAGUGUCGGGCCUCGCCAAUAUGGAUUGUAAGUGUAAGCCUUAUGUGAGGCCCAAUUCGUACAUCCGCAUGAGGGACGAUGAGUUGACUCGUGCUCUUGCAAAGAAGAGCCCGAUUUACGACAUGGACUCUGAUGAUGAGGUCUGUCGGGCUGAAUUGAAUGACGAGUUGUGUGGGGGUGAGCUUAUUACGCCCGAGAGUUUCGAGUCGAUCAUUGAUGCUCUCGAGAAAGGCUCUCACUGCAAUCCGGAGGAGAAUUUUGACGAGCAAGGGUUUUCUGAUAUAUGCAUGCAUUUGGAGAGAAGAGAAGUUGUUGAGGCCAUUCAUGGCUAUUGGGUUAAAAAGCGAAAACAGAAACGAGUGGCUCUGGUGAAGAUUUUCCAGCUUUAUCAUCCUAGAAAAACUCAAGUGAUCCCAAAAUCAGUUUUGCGCAAGAAAAGAUCUUUUAAACGUCAGGCGAGUCAAGUUGGACGAGGCAAACAAAGGCCAACAUUUCCAGCUAUUAUUCCUGCCGAACGAGACAACACUUUAGAGCAACAAGACAAUGUACACAAGGUGCAAGAAGCUAAAGCUGCUGCAGAAAGAUUCGAGGGUCUGGCUAUUCUUAAGCGGCAAAAGGCCCAGUUGCUAAUGGCCAAUGCCGAUUUAGCCACUUAUAAAGCAUUGGUGGCUCUUAGAAUUGCCGAGGCAGCCCAAAUGGCCAAGCAUCCGGAAAAUGUCCAUUCUUUUCUUCCUGGCCCAUUGGCCCAGUCGUGA